AACCCACGCAUAUGUUUUUUCCUAAGCAUUUCCUAAACAUAUUUCGCACGCAGCAGUUUGCUAUGGAAUUGGUAGCAUUGUAGUUGAAUCGUUCGGCAAAAUAGAUAUGGGAUCAACUUUUCGACAUAAACACUUAUAUACCUUUCACAAGUUUUGGGAUGUAAAUGGUGAUGGUGUUCUUACUUGGGAUGACUUCCGUCUGCUGGCAGAAAAAUACACAAAAAUCCAAAGACGUGGCAAGCUAGAUCAAGACGUUUACAAGCGCUGGGAAUCCAUUCUUGGCAAAUGGUGGGAUGAGCUCACUCAACAUGCUGAUUUCAACAAGGACAGAGUUGUGGAAUUUGACGAAUGGUUGAAAUUCUUUCACAAUAUGGGUCAACAAACCAAGACCCAUAAGGAGUUACCAGACUUUUUACAGAAUUAUCUUCAAUUGUUCUUUUUCAUAAUGGACACUAACAAAGAUGGGCUUUUCUGCAUUAAGGAUUACAAAAAAUACCUCGGCAGCCAUGAUAUGGAUGUUACAAGAGCAAAAGAAUGUUUCGAAACUAUGCUAAUCGAUGAAGAUCGAGCCAACGGUAAUGCAAUGACAUCUGACCGCUUCCGGGAGCUAGUUUACGACUUUUGGGUAUCUCAAAAUGACGACAGUCCCGGAAAAUACAUCUGUGGAACUUUCGACUCCGCACUUUUGCAAGAGUUGGAAAGCAUGAACAAGACAAGAAGCUAAUGUCCAGUCGCAUUUGUUUAUUACCUUUUGAUAAGACAUACAGCAGGAGGCCGAAUACUCGAACCUGUCGGACAAACGGCAAUCGCACUGGUUCGGAUGAGCAAAAGUUCGGAUUAUUGAACUGGCAAUUAAAGGACGUUAAUAAAUUUAUUAAAACUGUUAAAGAUACUGUCGCAAAAGGACUAUAAAGAUAAAAUCGCGAAAAAUCUUUAUUCGAAAGUUUUAAACGUUUGGCGACUCUAUCGAUGGCAAUCCAUCGCAUGUUUGGCAAAGUUUUGAUUUUGACGAAAAUGGUCAACAGAAUAAUGUGUAAAGUACCCUGGUGAAAUAAAUUUUCUUUUUACUUCUCGCAACGUUUACAAAUCGGGGCAUAAUUUUUUAAAACAUUUACUUGCUACACCCAAAGAGAGAGAUUGGAUAAACAGGAAAUUCAUUUUGUUGAAAUUCGGAUAAUUGGGGCUCUGGUGUACUAUUUUCAUUGAUUCCGAAAUCGAAACAAUGAAUGAUGCCAAUUUCCCAAAGAUCGUGACAGCAACAAAAUCUUUGUUGCUGGCUUUCAACACAUGCAAUUGUUUCUACAUAAUUUUAUGUUUAACUAGUUGUACAGUCGCUUACUUAUUGGAAUUUUUUUUGUUCCAUCGUUAGAAAUAACAAUGUCCCUAAGGAGUAUGAUUGGUUGAUUGCGGAAAAUGGAAGGUGAUUCAUGUUGGUGUAUUCAUAGCAACAGCGACGACAACUUAUUUUGUAAAUGUCGAUGUAAAACAAGCAUUACAGCAAAAAUGAGUAGAAAUUAUGAUAGUCUAGAUAUUUUUGUCUGCAC